AUGAGGAACCUCAUGGGUGGUAGCAUCAUGAACAAAGGAGGUGGUAAUAAGAUCCUGAACCAGGAUGGCAGUAAAAGAAUGGAAAGAGCUGGACUCCUGCAAUUUUCCAACUCUCCACGUCCCCAGCUGCUCUUUUUCUCCCUCUUCCUCCUCAUCUACCUCUUACCCCUGGUGGGCAAUGCACUCCUUGUGCUCAUUGUAACCCUGGAUGGGCGUCUCCACACUCCCAUGUGCUUCUUUAUCUGCAACCUCUCCUUAGUAGAGCUCUGGUACACCACGAUCACUGUGCCCAAAAUGCUGGCCAAUUUUCUAAGUUCCCAAGGUGUCAUCUCUGUUCCCAGCUGCAUCACCCAGUACUACGUCUUCUCUUUGGCUGCCACAGAGCUCUUCUUUCUCACCACCAUGGCCUAUGACUGCUAUGCUGCCAUCUGCCGACCACUCCACUACCCACUCCUGCUCAGCCCUCUAACUUGUGUAGAGCUCUGGGACACCACGAUCACUGUGCCCAAAAUGCUGGCCAAUUUUCUAAGUUCCCAAGGUGUCAUCUCGGUUCCCAGCUGCAUCACCCAGUACUACUUCUUCUCUUUGGCUGCCACAGAGCUCUUCUUUCUCACCACCAUGGCCUAUGACUGCUAUGCUGCCAUCUGCCGACCACUCCACUACCCACUCCUGCUCAGCCCUCAAACCUGUGGUACCCUGGCUGGCGUCUGCUGGUUUGUGGGAUUCCUCUGCCCCAUGUGCCCCUCACUCCUCCUUACACAAAUCUCCUUCUGCACCCCCAACCAGAUCAACCACUUCUUCUGUGAUGCCAUUCAAAUUUUCCACCUUUCCUGGCCCCUGGUCUUUACCAUGGCUUCCUAUGCCCAAAUCCUCACCACACUUCUAGCCAUGGCCUCAGCUGCUGCCUGGCGCAAGACCUUUUCCACAUGCACAGCCCAUCUUUCUGUGGUCACGAUCUACUUCGGCAUUCUCACAUUCAUGUACGUCCACCCAGCAGUAAAGUAUGAGUCAAAUAUCAACAAGAUUGUGGCUAUCUUCUACUCAGUCAUCACCCCCCCCCUUCUCAAUCCUCUCAUCUAUACACUCCAUAACAAGGAUGUCAAGGAAGCUCUGAAGGUGUUGAUGUCCCAGAUGCAAAAGGUCUGCUACCCAAGGAGGGAGACAGUGAUAGAGCCACAUGAGAAGCCAGAGAAACCAAAGCUGGCGCAAUAUCCAGCAGAAAACAAUUCCUAA